AUGGUCGGCGUCCCUGGGGGAUCCAAGGGCUGCUACGCCUGUAGAAAGCGAAAAAUCAAGUGCGGGCAGCAAAAACCUCAGUGCCUGCAAUGCGCCCGAUCUCAGCGGCACUGCCCGGGAUACCAGCGGGCCCUGGUAUUUGUCCAGGUCAACCCAUCAGCGAAGAGAGACUUGGAUCUCACCAAGCCAUGGUCUCUUCUUCAGACCGGCUACCGUCAACAUUUUUUGGAUGAAUUUCACACCCAUUUUGUCCCUCAGACUGCAGCCUUUGGUGGUAACGAAUCAUGGCUCACCCAGCUCUUACAAUUGCCAAUUCAGACCCAAGCUCUGGAGUACUCAGGAAUGGCAUUGUGCACUGCUAUCAUUGCUCGCACGCAGGAUGAUUCGGCCUUGUUGCAGGAAAGCCUGCGUCUCUAUACUCGUGGUCUUCGAGAGCUUCAAACGGCACUUUCCACCCCAGCCCUUGUUCGACAUGACGAGACUUUGGCCGCAUGCCUGACACUUGCCAUGGGGCUCUUAUCCCUACUCCAAGCUCGCGGUGUGGACGCGCAUACAUCAGGAUUGGGACAUCAACUCUUUCUUGCCUUUCGCGUCCAAGGGAUUUUUUACGACCUCGGGCAGUUGGAACCAAGCUUUAUGGCGCAGGCCGAGUGGAUUGAGAAGCCAUGGCAGAAAUUUGCUAAAAAGCUCAUCGAUCGAAUCAUCGACUGUGUAGCACAUAUUCCACGACUUUUUCACCAAAUACAUUUGUUUGAGCAUCUGUCACCUGAAGAUCAGAGACUCCUGGGUUUGAGGUUGAUGGCAGAAUUCCAGUCUCUUGACACCACACUUCAAAAUAUUUAUUCUAUACUCAAUGAUUCUGUUGAGGGUCCUUUGUACUGGUCUGCUCUCUCUCGGCAUUAUGACCCUGCGGGCGACCCUAUGAAGGGACCUCUUUUCCCUGUCGCCUUUCACUUCCCCAAUGUCAAGACGGCCGGGCAUCUGAUGAUGUACUGGGCUACCUGCGCCUUGCUCUGGACCGGCUGGCAUGAGAUUUACGAGAACCUAGAACAACUCAACGAGAAUCCAUCGCCCCAUCUUCCUCCCUGCGAUGUCUUGCCAAUGAUUACGAAUGUCUGCCAAUCCGCCGAAUUCUGUUUGGACGAGACAAAUCAGCUCAUGGGGGCGUCCAUCGCAUCAACACCACUAGCGAUCUGCAAGGCUAUCCUCUCCAACAAAGCACACCACCAGCAACACUUUGUCUGGAUCCAGGUGACCCUAGAGCGUCUCCAGACCCGCGAGCUGCGCAUGCUAAAGUAUCUCUGA